CGUGAAUCGGAAUUCCACUAUUCAAAUACUCUCUAUCCUCUCUAUAUAAGACUCGAGUAGUUCGUGGAUUGUGUCUGCGGUAUUGUACGCUGUGUCUGGCUGUCCUAGGCUUUUAAAAUAACAUCCUCGGUAGAGUUUAGUAACUCAAAAUGAGUAUCUUGGCGUAUAAUGGGGGUGCGAUAAUUGCUAUGAAGGGAAAGAAUUGUGUAGCUAUAGCAGCUGAUCGUCGUUUUGGUAUACAAGGUCAAACUAUAUCUUGCGAUUUUCAAAAAAUCUUUGAAAUGGGACCUCAUCUAUAUUUGGGUUUACCGGGGCUAAGUACAGACACACAGACUGUAAUGGAAAGACUGCGCUUCAGGCUGAAUUUAUAUGAGUUAAAAGAGAAUCGAAGGAUACAUCCCAAGACCUUUAGUUCGAUGAUCUCAAAUCUCUUAUAUGAGAAGAGAUUUGGGCCAUACUUUGUAGAACCUGUAGUAGCUGGUUUGGAUCCAGUGACAUUUGAACCAUAUAUAUGUAAUAUGGAUCUGCUUGGUUGUCUCAACGUUCCAGUAGAUUUUGUAGUAGGUGGAACCUGCUCCGAACAAUUAUAUGGAAUGUGUGAAGCUUUGUAUGAAGCAGAUUUGGAACCAAAUGAUUUGUUUGAAACCAUCAGCCAGGCUCUUGUUAAUGCUUGUGAUCGCGAUGCUAUGUCUGGUUGGGGAGCCAUAGUGCAUGUAAUAGAAAAAGACAAGGUCACUACAAGAACUGUCAAGACUCGUAUGGAUUAACAAAUUUUUUUUUAUUAAAUUUUCACUGUGGAUGUAAUGUAUCUAAUAAAUUGGGUUGGAUACUCUAUCCUUACAUAUAAGAAUUAA